AUGAAACGAGCAGCUUCUCAACAAGAAGAGGACAGUAGGAGAUUUGCGAAAAUGAAACGGGUUGCUAAGAAAAGUGAUAAGCAGCAUGCGUGUAUUCGUUGUGCAUUUCGUUGCGACACCUCAGUGGCAUUCUCGAGACAUUUGGAAAUGCAUACGCAAAAUGCGGUUUUCAAGUGCCGAAUAUGUGAUUAUUCCGCAAAUACGAAGAAUAUCGUUGAUUUCCACGAGCAAAAUCAUCAUCUGGAUCAGUCAUUAACACAGCUCCGCAGGAACGCCAUUUUAGCACCAGAUUUUGUUCGACUGGACGUUUCCGCAACGGAUGACGAACGAGCUCGGCUAGCUGGUCAAGGAGCUACGAUGCAAGAGGUGUUCGUUCCAUACCUUACAAGUGUCAGUACUCGCUAA